AUGCACGAAUGUAAAGAUUUAGAUUUAACUAAAGCUUCGCGUGGCAUUUGGCUUGUCAAAGUGCCAAAGUAUGUUUCUGACAGCUGGGCGAAUGCAGCUCCAGGAAGUGAAGUUGGUAAACUGAAGAUGGGCAGCAAAUCAAAGGGAAUGAAGGAUGCCAUCUUCACUAUCAAUAACCUGAACUCAGAUAAAUCAGGGAAGCCAGUCCCCCGAGAUCACCAGUUUAAUGUUAAGAAAAACUUAGGAGAUAUAAACAUGUCAUUAUUGUCUGUGCAAAUGGUACCUGCCGAUUCAACUAAUCCCAAUUCUCCGUUAAUAGCAGCGGCCAUUGAAGGAAAAGUAGUACACAGGUGCGAGUGUCGACCGUGCAUCAAUGAAACAUACAUGCAAAUGAACAGGAAACGAAUCGAAGAGGGCAACAAACCAGAGAGACAAAUUAUUCAACUGACCAAGGCCCAAAACAACUACAAACCUAAAGCCAACCAUGAGGCUAAUAUUGAGUACGACCUGAAGAAGAAAGAGGAGGGAAAAAAAAUAAGGAUGGACAAGGAAAGAGUUAUGGAACUAUUGUUCAAUGCCUUCGAGAAGUUUCAGUAUUACAACGUUAAAGAUCUCGUGAGGAUUACACAUCAGCCAGUGACCUACCUGAAAGAGAUCCUCAGAGAAAUGUGCACGUACAACAUGAAGGCACCUAACAGGAACACCUGGGAAUUGAAGCCAGAAUUUAGGCACUACAAGACUCAAGGACAAGUCGCCUCUUCUUCUGCUACUAGUAGCGUCGCUAGUAGUAAGAAGUAG